AUGAUCAUCUCCCUCUCACUUUCCACUUCCCCAAUUCUAGGGUCAGGGUUAGGGUUAGCUCCUUCACCUUCCCCAUCUCCCACCCUCAAUCAAAACCUCACCAACUCUCUCCACGUCGUCGUCGCCUCCGCGUUGAACGAAGCCAACGACACGCUCGUCCACAUAAACCUUGCUAAACCCUCGGACUCGCGCGAACGUGCUGCCCUCUCCGACUGCUCGGAGUUCUACUGCCUCAGUGUCGAGCAUCUGAGCCAAAGCCUCCACCCCGGCCUGGGCUCCACGCCCUUCGACGUCCAGAUCUGGCUGAGCACCGCGUUGACGAACCUCGACAGCUGCAGGACCAGCAUGGCCGAGCAGAGCGUCGCGCACCCGUUCUUCAUGCGCAACCACGCCUCGGAGCUGAUCACCAAGGCUCUUGCGAUCAACGCCGAGAUGGUGGGGCCAGGGAGCCAGAAGCAUCUCCAUAGCUGUCUCCCCGAUGUAGACGAUGUGCCGGAGCAGCCUAGAGGUGGCGGUGCGGUCGUGGUGGCGCAGGAUGGGUCCGGCACUUUUCGGACGAUCAAGGAAGCAGUUGAUGGUUAUUGGUGGAGAGAAACAACGGGGAGAUAUGUGAUCCAUGUGAAGCAAGGGACGUAUCAUGAGUAUGUUGAGAUUCGUCGGGAGAUGAAGGACGUGGUGAUGGUCGGAGAUGGCAUCGGAAAGACGAUCAUCACCGGAGAUAAGAGCGCGAAGUCGGGAUUCAGUACUAGGGAGUCCGCAACAUUUAAGGUGAUGGGAGACGGGUUCGUGGCCCGCGACAUGACAUUCCGCAACACCGCGGGCCCAACGGCCGGCCAGGCCGUGGCGGUGCUCUCGGCCUCGGACCGGUCGGCCUUCUACCGGUGCUCCAUCGAAGGGUACCAGGACACCCUGUGGGCGGCCGCCAACCGGCAGCUCUUCGAAGAAUGCCAGAUCUACGGCACCAUCGACUUCAUCUUCGGGAACGCCGCGGCCGUGUUCCAGAAGAGCGAGAUCUACGCGCGGGCGCCGCUGCACGGGCACAAAGUGGUGAUCACUGCGCAAGGGCGGGAGCAGGACAACCAGCCGACCGGGUUCUCCAUCGUGAACUGCAGGUUUGAGGCGGACCCCAGCCAGAAGCAGGAGGUGUGGAAGUUCAAGGCGUACCUGGGGCGGCCGUGGAAGGACUACGCACGCGUGGUGUUUAUUAGGAGCUAUCUAGAUGGGAUGCUGGAUCCGGCGGGGUGGAUGGAUUGGGAUGACAAGGGUGAUACGGUGUAUUAUGGUGAGUAUGGGAACUACGGGCCCGGUUCGGGGACGAAUAUGAGGGUCACUUGGCCCGGGGUUAGAAUCAUACAGGAUGUGCAAGAAGCGGAGAACUUCACCGUGACCAACUUUAUCGGUGGUCAGCAGUGGCUGCCGCAAUCGGGGGUGCCGUUUUCCAGUGGCUUGUGUUAG